UAUACACAGGGAGAUUGAGAUCCAUCGCCACUCGGUUAAUCAUGUUCGCCGACUUUGGCCGCUGCGAGAAAACACAGGGUCUUCGGAGUCAGGGAGAGACAAGAAAAUUAAAUGCAAAUGACCUUACACCUCCCUGUCUGACAUAUCGCCUACAAGGAAGUGAUGUAAAAUACCAUCUUCCACAGAAACAAUUAUUGCCAAGUGUUGAAAAGAAUGAUGGAUAUCUGUCCAACUGGCCUGGGCACGUCGGUGGAGAGAUUGUUCAACAAAAACAAACAUUUCAACCAUCAAAUGUCAAGAGAUACCAUGGAUUUGAUAUUACAAAUACGAACAGUGCUCCAAAACCUCGAUUUUUGCAACAGCUGGAAACACAUCUAAGGAAAGAGCUCCAAGUCUUGGACUUAAGUGGGCCCAACGCUCAGGAAGUAAAUCUACAAGCUUAUCGUGAGGUUUUUGAAUAUUUCAUUGAGGAUUUAAAAACCUACAAACCAUUGCUAUCAGCCAUAAAGAAUGAAUAUGAAAUUACCAUAGCUCAUCUACGAAACCGAAUCCGGGAGUUGGAGCCUUUGAAAAGCUUGCUGGUUGCCACAUCAGAGACAUGCGAACAGAGGAUUAUUACCCUACAAGAAGAGGAAAAGUUUGAGAUUCAAUCACUAAAGAAGGAAAAAAUAGAGCUACUGGACAAAAUUGAUCAUUUACUGAAGGUGCAAGAUUCUCUAGAGACUCAGGUCAGAAAACUUCAGGAAGAACUAGCAGCUGAAUACGAACGGUAUCGAGAACAACAUGAUGCACGUAAACUUCUGAUUUCAGAUAUGAAUAAUCUCAGAUAUCAGCAAGAACAGUCAAAAGAUUCUCAUAAAGAAGAAGCUGAAGCAGUUGAGGACACAGUAAAGCUGAAGCUCGCUCUGAAGGUAGCACGUGAAGACCUUAAGGCACUGCAAGUGGAACUAAAUGCAAUGAAGGCUGAGUAUGGAGAUGUGAUUCCCAGAAGAGAUUUUGAGGCUUUGGAUAAGAACUAUAAUGAGCUGAGUGAAAAGAAUGAAAGCUUGCAAAAGCAGUAUAUUCAGAUGAAACAGGAGUACACCACGCUGUUAGAAGUUAACAAGCAGAUCACUCUUGAACGAGACAAGUUGAGUGCAGAAGUCGAAGUAUUCAAAACUAAAAUGGCAGGUGGCCUCUCUUCAAGUCAGUUGGAAAAUAUUCCAGUUGAAGCAGGUGAAGACUACUUUGAGGGACUGGGUACUGGAGAAGAUGUCAUUGUAUACCUGCGUCAUGAUGGUCUAAUCAAGAAUGUGAAUUUAGCCAAGGAAAAAAUAACCAAAGUUCUUAAGGAAAUCUGGAAAGACAAGAUGGCAGCAGAUCUCCAGAGUGGAACGCGGUCUAGCCUUCCUGAGUUUUUCCAUAACUUCCUCCAAAAGAAGUAUGGAGACUCUGCCCUGCUUUGGGCCUACAACAUUUAUUAUGGCUGCAGAAACCAUCAGAAGGAUGAAUUCAUCAGUUUGUUUUUCAGUAUUCUCAAUGGAAUUAUGGAUGAAAGCGUAUAUCAUGGGCAGAUUCAACAUAUUGCACAUGUACUGAAAGAACUGAACCAUCAUGACACAUCUGGAAAAGGGAUUCUUUCUAAACAGGAGUUCAGUCAAACUUUGAAGAAAACCCUCCCUAAUAAGAAUGAAAAAUACAUACAAGAGCUGAUUGCUGCUGCAACAUCCCAACUUGGAGAUGACAAUAAAAUUAAAUACAGUACCUUAUUUGAAGAGAAUGCAGAAGGCACAGCAGGAGCUUUUCUUGCAUUGCUGCAAAGUCAAUACACAGCAGAGAAAACGAUGUACCUUGAUGAACUAAGAAAUGCAUUGGAAGAGAAAGAGGAGCUGACAGUAGCUGACCUAAAAAAGGCUUUUCAAAAAAUUGAUCCAUCAAUGGAUCCACAGACCUUGGCCACAUACUUAGCUCAAGGUUUCCAAACCACAAAGGAACAGCUUGAUCAAUCUACUGCUGUGGAUACUGACACUGUUUUAGAUCGAUUACGAGCAAGUGACAUAAAGAGAGUAGGACCUUGGAAGUAGUACAAAACUUGGAGUUCUGAUGAGGAUGGCCUUACAUAUGUUAAUAUUUUAAAGUAAACUACAUUAUUAAUGUACACUUUGAACUGAGUCACCGUUCUUUAAUUUUAAAAAAAAAUUAGACUACUGUUUUCUUGUUCUUUUGAGCGCCCCAGCUAAGAUUUAUUCUAGGUUCAUUGAUAGAAAAAGUGCUAAAGUUGAUAAAAUAAAAAGGAUGUAUAUAUUAUUAAGUACUUUUUAAAAACAUUCAUGCAUAGGAUGUGAGCUUCUCAGGCUGGGUCAGCAUUUAUUCUCCAUCCCUAGUUAAGGUGGUGGUGAACUGCCUUACUACUCAUAUUAUUACUGCUACUAUUUUAAAACUUUAUUUUAGAAAAUGUUCUGUAUUUGAGGGAGAUGUUAAAUGAAAUUGUUAACACAAGUUUGGUAGUUUCUAAUAACAUAAUGAACUCAAAUAUUAGUAUUUAAGAUAAGCAGCUCCAAUAUUAAAAAUGUGUCUUGUCAGAGACUUCUAUCAUUUUCUUCAAUCUUAAGGUGCACAUCCCUGGGUAUUGCAACUGUCUACUAACUUAUAAGUGGCCAUUUCUCAUGCAUGAGUCUAAACAUCAUGAUAAGCAGGCUGCUAAAUUGUGGCAGAAAAACGUUUGUUUUGACUGACUUCAUUUGUGAUGAUAUUUCCUCACCCAGUUCAGCAAUUUGUAUUUCCAUUAGCUCACCACACAUCAGAAACAGCUAUUUUGAUUUUAUACUACCAUAUAUGGCACUUAAUCAUUGCAGCAUUGAAAAUAUCUCAGGUUUGCCUCAAACUUAAAAAAAAGUACAACAAACACCUUGUUAAGUCUCAAGAGAACAGAACACAAAAAGCCUGCUACUAGAAAUUCUGUGUUGUUUACAAUGCAUUAUAAUGAAUCAGCCCAAUUAGAAUAAUUAUUUUUACUAAUCCUUAAAUCUUAGAAGUUUCACAACUGAUACACUUAAUGCAAAGAAAGUUAGUUUGAGAUUCAGUUUUUCAGGUUGACAUCUUUAUUGUGCAUUUCACAGAAUCAUUAAUCUUAUAAUAAAAAGACAUUUUUAAGCAUGUAUGGAAUAUUUCAAACAAGAGUUUGAUCAGAUGUACAAGUUAUUAGAGUGCACACUAAGAAUAAGGAAAUACAAUGGAUGUUUCAGGGAAAUCACAAAUGACAGUCAUUUUCCAUACUUCAAAGAAGUUAAAUUCUGCUUAGUUGAAUGUACCUAAUUUUCUUGGUUUACUAUUUGAGGUUACAGAGGAAGUUCUAGCAAACUUGAACAGUUAUUGGGUUCAACACGAGUAAUGGGAAAUCAAAUAUUACUCUCUAGUAGAAGGGUUAACUCAAUUGUGAUUUAAAAUUUUAGUGAAACAGGUGCACACUUUCCUUAACUAAUUAUACAAUGUUUUUUAUAUAAAAUGUACAACAUUCUUUGUAAAAGUUCUCAAAUUUUAUUCAUGGAAGGCAUGCCGAUGGCAAACCAAAAUCUAGCAGUGAAGAUUUUCUAAUUUAAGAUAGUACCUAUCUGUGUUUAUUAUAAGAAAGUAAUAUGUUAAUACAAAGCAUUAAUGAGAAAAUUGCUUGUGCUGCAUGUUACAUGUACAUCAACAUCUUUAAAUUAAAAUAUGCUUUCCUUUCAACAUCAGACCUAUGUUUCUCCACGUUUUAAGUUUGUACGGAUAGUCUAGACCUGCUUCCUGGUAAAUAUAAGUCCUGAACACAAUUUGCCAGUUUUAUGUGAAGUUGUGCACAUCUCAAAUCAGGGAAACUUAGGUAGGUGAAGUAUGGAGUUGAGGUUAAUACAUGUUAUUUGGCUGAUUUAAUGAGGAGAUUACUUUGUAGAUCAUUGCAAAAUAUCUAUCCUAGGAGUACACAUUGGCAUUUAAUGCCAAAGUGCGAGUAUCAAAUACUUCUAUUUUGACGAGAA